CCGAAUCAUCCCCGACCCUCCUUUAACUGUCAAUUAACUUCAUAUGACUACCUCGUCUCUCUCUCUUUCUCUCUCCCUCUCCAUAUAAUUAUAUAUAAAUAUCCUUUUUCUUCCUCCAAUAUCAAAAAUAAAAACACUACUACUCACUUCUUUACCUCAUUAAGAAGCACAACCCUCAGAAACUAAAAAAAAAAAAGGAAAAGAUUUUGUUAUUAUUUUUUUUUCUUUUUUUUUGAUUAAUUCAUUACAAAUGGCAAGCUCAAACCCUGAGGCAGUGAAGGUGGUGCUGAUUGAUACCCAGUACAUCCAAACCGAUCCAAUGAGCUUCAAAUCCGUGGUUCAGAGCCUCACAGGCAAAGAUUCGUGUGUUGCAUGGAUAAAUAAGCGCUCAUUCACCGGUGAUGCUGCGAAGAGAAAGAGGUCUGCUGCUGUUCAUCAGAUCAGCGACAUCGUUAACGGCGGUGUUAGUGAUAGGGGUAGUGAUCAUGGUAAUAAUAUUUCUUUGUUGUCCAAAGGAAUGUCUUUUAAGGAUUUGGAUAGAAUGAUGCUGGAGAUACCUUCUAUGGAGGACUUGCAGUAUUGGUUUUCGGAAGCUCAAAAAAGUUAAUUAAUUAAUUUCCCAUUUAUUAUUUCUUUUCUCAGCGCUCUGAGUGAAUUCUGUGUGUAUAUUAUUAUCAUCUUCAUAUGCGUUAGUUUUUAUUUUAUAUAUAUAUAUAUUUAUUUAUUUAUUCA